ACGCUUUGGAAGUCUGUGUUGAAGGCUCUUGCAGCAACCUUUUUGGCGCUAAAUUUCGCGGUGGAUAACAUAAGAAAAUGCAAUUACCUGUUAGACGCAUGUGUCUGAUGUAGCGCCUUAUGCUUUGCCGAGUCAAUGUGCCCAUCAGGAGAGACGACACCUUCGUUCAGUAACGAAGAUUUUUGGGCGCAAGAGAACAUGCUAUAAAAAUGGAAAGUGAUGACAUAGACUCGUGUAUCAUGGACUCCGAAAGCUUCAAUGAACAGCCAGAGUGCACAGAUGAGAACAUGGAUGAAAGUGAAACUCUAGAGCCUAUCCCUGACGAAGCCGAGACUGACGCUGAGUUCGAGAUAGAACCACAAGAGUGCAGUUCACUUUCCUCCGAAGAAGAAAGCUGUGAGGUGGCCCUCACUGUCAGUAUUGCAUUGGCCAUUCCCAAUGCAGCAAGAGAUGAUGACUCAGUGACAGUGAAUGUGAAUGACACAGACAAGACAAAGAAGAAACAAAAGAAAGUCAUCUGCCCAAACACAGUGGUGGAGGCCCCAAAAGCACAGGGCUAUUAUCACAUCGAGUACAAUCUCCUUCCACAUGACCCCGAGCCAACUAAAGUCGAUCUUGUCAUGUUCGGGUUGGCUGCCAAGCUCUACAAGGGCAAUAGAGCAAAAGUGUUAAAGCCAUGGGUAGAGGAUGACAAAACUUGGUUGACCUGGUCUCAGGUCGUCCGUCUCAAAGCAACCAAAGACAUGCUCAUCAAACUACUCCGCCACAAGGUCACCUUCCGGGUGUGGGACACUAAGGACCACGUCUCUGCCACAGCCAAACAUGACAGACCGAAAGCAUUCAGACUGCCCACAGACAAAUCCGACAGUCCAGAACUAUUUAAUUGUAGGAAGAUGGUCCUUAGGAUGAGAAAUAAUUAUGGUAAGGAGGGUUGUAAAGGAAGAGCCCAAACCCGAAAACAGUCUGUAGUACCCACUGACAUGAGGACAUUUCCAGAUAUCACGAAAGUGGAGCCAAAGCUGUCCAAUGCAGAUAUGUCAGCCCAUGAGAAACAGAGUUCGGCCACCGCAAUUAUACAACCUGCAGAUCAGGGCAGGGACCAGGACUCCCCAACAGCGGAGUUAAGAUGGCCUCAGGAGUCAGACCGCUCCUCUUCCAGGGUGUCAGGCCCAAGAGAGAGAGACAGAGCCACAUCAAACAUGUGUUUUAGCAAGAAGUUUCAUCAAAGACGACACACCGCUAUCACCAGGACCUCCCUGGCCCACACCCUGGCCCACACCGACUAUGUGAAGAAGAAUGGAGUUGCCUCAGCAGAGCUCAGCUUCAUUUAUCUCCUUGCAGGGGAGAUGUCUCUGACCGGUUCCAUGGCCAGCCGCUCUAGAGGUGUACUGCAGGGCAUGUGUAACCUGUCACUGGACAGGCCUCUGAUCUCAGGAGAGAUGAAGACAGCACUGAAUCCACUGGUCAUAACCAUACACUCAGCCACACAUCUCCCCUCCACUCCUGUGUCUCUACAUGAACUAGAGGACAAUUGUGAGCCCGUGUACUGCCGAUACAAGUUCCACAACAUGAAGCCGCACAGAACCAAGGGCUACGAGCACAGCAGCAGCAUAUACUUCAAGGACGUGAACGUCAUCUUCGCAGGCCUGAUCAGACCGGGCGAGCUCGUCGAAUACCUCCAGGGCCCACCGCUGCAGAUCGAAGUCCACGACCGUGACAUGCACGGGGACAGAACGCUCCCAAAGUCCUUCGAUGUCUUUGGCCGGACGCCUCAGGAUGGCUUCAUGAGCAGCGUGGCUCAGAUCAGCAGCAAAGCCAUCACCCACAAUCCCUUUGAGAGCGCAAAGCCACAGCACCCGCACGGCGUGGCCCGGCUGAGCUUCGCCGAGCUCCUAAAUGGCCAGCGUUUCCUCAGGUACAACCUCCCCAUCUGUGGCUCGCCCUCUGUGCAGUUCCUGGGUCGGGACAAGACACUCUUUGAGCGGAAGAUGCUGGAUCCGCGCAACAACAGCAGCAACAGCGAUUACGGCGAUGCGUCAGACGUCAUGCCUGUGGGGCACUACCUUCAGUCUAACUCGCAUCUCAAAGUGCAGGUGGAGAUAGCCUGCCCGUUGAACACGGCCACCACCACUGAGGCGGAAUGCCCCUUCAGUCGCAUCGUGUUCAUCAUGAAAAACGACGACGGGAACGGCGAGGCGUUGACCAGACUACGCGCCGAGAUUGUGCGUGUGAAUUCAGCGGCCCUCCAGGUGAAGUCCAAAAUAGAGGAGGUAAAACAGAGGGCGCUGACGUUUCGCAAAGUGAGCACAGAGGAGGUGGAAAGCAGAAAGCUGGACUUCCUUACUGGCUUUCAUUUGCUGGACAAGAACAUGCAUCUCUUUGUUAUUGAAGGACUGAGAGCUGGGGCUGUGAAAGGACUUUGGAAUAUGCCUCUAGCAAAGUCAGACGGGGUCGACAAGCCGCAGAUAACCAUAAUGUACAAUUCAGCGCUGGGCUUCUCCAAGCGUUUGUACGACUGUCUGGACGUGGGCUUCUGCCCCAUCCACCUCCACGAGCCCCUGCAGGACAUCAUGAGAAGGCCACUGCUGUACGUCAGGGACAUGGUCCCACACCUCUGCUUCCAGGGCCUAUCACGCUUAACUCAACUGUGCCAAACAAAGACAAUGAAGGAAGUUCUGCGAAACGACCUGCUCCCUACAGCAGACAUGGUGCUCAGCAUCAGCAAGGAGUUUGGGUCACUGCCUGAGAAAGCACAGAAAGUCCUCAAGGAAAUUGUCCGAAGUGCCACGGGCGAGCAAGAGAAAUCAAAGGUCCGAGUCCAAAGAUCAUUCUCACCCCUUGUCAACCACAACAAAGAGUACGAAGAGAGGUUGAAACUUGUAGCUGCCCAAAAACUCCGUGGGGACACCAAAAACUUUGUUCAAGCCAACAGAGACGAAGUAAGGAGAGCGAGCCUGGAGCUGAACCGACCAAAGACUGUGGUGGUCGUGGCAGAAGUGCCAGAGGGAAAGACGGCUCACAACUACAGCAGCCAGGCCCUCAACUCCACAGAGCAGGCCAAGAAGCUGCUGCGCAAGGAGCUCGCUAAGGCUCCUUCCCAGAGGUAUACAUACAGUCAGGAGUUCCUCUCUGCCAUGUUUGAGCCAUUCGACGUGGAGUCGGAACGCAAGGCGUCACAGGCCAUGUCUUCCCAGGCCCGGCCCAGUCCCAUGGGCUUCAGCUUUCCUGGGUUCAGCAGCAGCAUCGAGUGUAACGAGCACCCCAAAAUGCCAGACGAGCCGCGGAUUGAGGAGCUUAGAAAGCCUUGGAGGGAAAACAUCCUGCACGGGAACACCUUGAGGCCCACUCUGUCUCGCACCAGAUGGCCUUGGGAAUGGCGCUCGGAGGAUUUCGAGCUGUACUCCAGGCCUCCACCUGUCUUCCAGCCAAAGCCUCCCGUCACCAUCCACCUGUCAGGAGACCUUCUGGUGCAAGAGCAGCAAGAGGCGGCCCAGGCACAGUACACCAGGUGGCUGGAGAAGAUCCUUCCAGGCAGGCACAGCCCGGACAGCCACAAGAUUCCAAGUUUUAAAGCCCACAUGAAGAAAGAUGGCCUGGACAAACUCAGUCCCAUCCUUAAAGACAAGCCCCGGAAGAUCACUCUUAUCAAAAGAAGAACGUUUUGGGAGACUCCUACAUCAGUCUCUCCACCACACCUUUCAGAGGUAGCCAAUAGAGAGAGGCAGAAAAGGGUCCAACUUGCGCUGCAUCAGUCUGAUCCCGAAGAAAAUACCUCAAGCCACUCCGCUGGCCAAUUCAAAAAUGAUAAGCCUUUCAGGGGCUACUGGAGAGCGCAUUCGUUCCGGCACAAGAGGACACCUCUGCCAUUGAAGGAGGGAGAGCUGGAUGUGUUCCGAUUCCAGAGUCGUCGUGAGCCAGCCGCAACCAUGCCGCGACUGAAGGCCCACGCAGGGCCCACCGUCGGACACAUCAUAGAGACAAGCACGCACGCCUCUGUAGUCCUGCACGUACAUUAACAAUAAAUAUCCACAGUGGCCCUACCCGA